GCGAUGAAGAAGAACAAGAUCGUAUUUCUCAUGAUUUUAUAUUUUUUUUUCUUGGUCUUACGGGAAUAGCAACAUUUUGCAUUGAAAGCAUUAUUCGAGGGUAACAUAUUACCAUCGGUACAGGAACGAUUACCUGCAGAUGCGAAUAUCCUUGAUAUGGGUUGUGGUUCAGGCUCCUGGGUCAUGGAAAUGGCGAUUGAGAAUCCCGAAGCACGUGUGACAGGCAUCGAUAUGGCUGACAUUUUCCCUACCACCAUCCGUCCAGAGAAUGUCCGAUUUGAGAUCGUCAAUAUCCUGGACGGCUUACCUUUUGAAGAUAAUACCUUUGAUUUGGUGCAUAUGCGAUUACUUGUAGCUGCGCUGCGAGUGAAUGAAUGGCCUCGUGUUUUAAACGAAAUUCAUCGUGUUCUGAAACCGGGAGGACUCGUUGAACUUGUUGAAUCCGAUUUUACGGAAACCGAACAAAGCCCGAAAAUCCGUCGAUUCAUAUCCGCAUUUUUGGAAACCAUGCAGGAACGUCAACAAGACCCAUGGAUCUCUCGAAAAUUGUCAACACUAUUGCAAGAUAGUUCAUUUGAAGUGCUACAAGAUGAACUGAAAGAAAUCCAUUUCGGUCCUGAUCAGAAUGCUAUUGCCACGGAAAUCCUGUGGGGAUGGAAAGAAGCCAUGAAAACGCUCAAACCUCUCCUUAGUGCGAAACUGUGUCCGAACAAUGAAGACUAUAUUGCGCUGGUCGAUGACUACAUCAAAGACUGCAUCGAGAAUCGCUGGUUCGUUCGAUGCGUCGCCGCCUCGGGUCGAAAAAUAUAAAUUAAAGCAGCUCAAUUUUUGUAUUGCAAGCUGAUCUAGAACCGUUUUAUAACUGAUCAAAAAAAAAAAAAAAA